AUGCCUAUUACCAAGACAGAUACCCUGCCGUCGUCGGCGACGCAGCUGAACUUGCCCAACGAUACCGGCGCAAAGACGUUCAUCGCUUUUGUAUCUUCAAAAGACCCAGUGACCGGACUACCAUGGUGCCCGGACGUGCGCGCUGCACUUCCAUUCAUCAACGCUGCAUUUGAGAGUGACAGCGCACCAAGCUUAGCCGUUGUGGAAGUCGGGCAGAAAGAAGUGUGGAGGCAUCCUCAAAACGAGUAUCGGGUCAACUGGAAUGUUACUGCUAUACCGGCGCUGGUUCGCUAUGAGCGGGUUAACGGUCAUGUAUCGGAGACGGGAAGGCUGGUUGAGGGGCAGAUCCUGGAUAAGGAUGGCCUUGCUAAGUUUAUUUCCUAA